AUGUGCAUACAGAAGAAAAAAGUUCAUGCAGCUAAUGAUAUUGAGAAAGAAAAGAAUAAGAAAUCAAAUAGGAAAAAUGACAAUGAAAAACAAUCAAAGAAAGCUGCAGGUGAUGAAACUGAAGCUGCUAAAAAAACAGAAAAAAAAGUUAUCGAUUUACAAUCAAAAGACAAAACGAAAAAAAGAGAAAGACGAUCACAUGUUUUCUUCGACAUUAUCAUCGGCGGAAAAACUUCAGGACGUAUUGUGAUGGAACUAUUCAAUGAUAUAGUACCAAAAACAGCCGAAAAUUUCCGGUGCUUAUGCACUGGUGAGAAAGGAGUCGAAUUUAUGUGUCAAGGAGGUGAUUUCACGAACGGUGAUGAAACCGGGGGUGAAUCUAUAUACGGGGAAACUUUUCCAGAUGAAAAUUUCAUCGAGAAACAUACUGGACCAGGAAUUCUAUCGAUGGCAAACGCAGGUGCUAAUACGAAUGGUUCUCAGUUUUUUCUAUGUACUGUAAAAACAGAUUGGUUAGAUGGCAAACAUGUAGUAUUUGGGAAAGUUAUAGAAGGAAUGGAGGUGGUGAAGAGGAUUGAAGCAGUGGGUUCUGAAGAUGGUACGACACUGCAGGAGGUAGCAAUUGCGGAUUGCGGUGAAUUAUGA